UCCGGUUGCCAUGUUGACGCGCCUACGUGAGGUUGGUGUUUGAGACUGGAGUAAAAGGGGGGAGGUAAUCAAGAUGGCGGCAGCCUGACAGCAGCUGUGGUUUACAGGACAGCGAAUCUUUUACAAUCAAAACGACAACACCGAAGCCGAGGGGAGUCCAAGAAACAGAAAUAGAAAUAAAAUAAGCUCUGUGCGCUAAACCUGCGGACGGCAGGUACGCUGGCUAAAGUGUACGCUGGUCCUUGGCAUCGUAUUUAAUAAAUACUAUUCAGUAAUACCAGACUUCAGUUUUCGCGAAAGAAUUCAGAGAUGGUACGGUCUUCAGUUUCUGUAAAGGGAAGAUAAUACGUUUAAAAUAAUAAUAAUAAUAAUAAAAUAAAUAAAUAAUUAAACCGCUUAAGCGACGGAAUAUGAUGGAGUUAAACUUAAACAGAAAAUAAAGGCAUUCAUGUAGCAUCUGCUGCACGCCAGACUGGGUCACAGCUGUAGUGGAACUGACCUGUCAGUUAUUGGUGGAUAUUACUUACUGACUGACUGACGGCUGGCUGUUUUGUGUUUACAGUAGUAAUCCCACGAUUUUGGCUCCGGAGAAAGAGAGGGGGUCUUUCCCCGUUGCAAAUCUUCCCGAAUCAAUACCACAAUACCAAAGAAGUCUGUUAGUGCACCUGCAAACCAAGUCUGAAAGUGUUUAAACCCUUUGAUUGAACCCCCUGGGCCUGGUACUUGAAUUAUAAGAGGCUGCAUGUGGCACUGAUAGCACUGCAAGUUCAUUUGACUGUGGAGCAGUGAUUUAGUACUGUAUAAUUUGUAACCUCAACCAAAUAAAAAAACACCUUGGAGGGAUUCAAGGCCACAAAAAAAAUAUACAGAACUAAAUAGUAUUAAUGUGAAUACCAAGGGCUGUCUGAACUGAGCUCCUGCUGAAAAGGCUAUCUGUUUAUACCCUGUCAAGUAUUAUAUAUUGUAUUGUACAGUAGUGGGUCAUUCUAACACCACACAGACACAACUGAUUGCAACAGGGCACCAAGGUUCUGGGUUGGAAAUCGGUACUAUUGGCAGAACCAACUGGGACGACUACCAGAAAGAGUAAAAGAGAGGGAUAUUUCCUCUGAGAGGAUUUUGUGUGCAGAACUGGAACCAGUAGGGCACGUGCCGGACCUAGGGUGAAAAUGGACCUGGAUGAACCCCAGCAGCUGGACUACCUGACUGACAAUGAGCUGAUGUCGAUGGGGAUGGACACCUUCAUCCACCGCAUUGACUCCACGGAGGUCAUCUACCAGCCACGGCGCAAGCGGGCCAAGCUGAUUGGGAAGUACCUGAUGGGGGACCUGCUCGGGGAGGGCUCCUACGGCAAAGUGAAGGAGAUGCUGGACUCGGAUACCCUCUGCAGGAGGGCCGUCAAGAUCCUGAAGAAGAAGAAGCUGAGGAGGAUUCCCAACGGGGAAGCCAACGUCAAAAAAGAAAUCCAGCUGCUACGGAGACUGAGGCACAAAAAUGUGAUUCAGUUGGUCGACGUGCUGUACAACGAAGAGAAGCAGAAAAUGUAUAUGGUAAUGGAGUAUUGUGUAUGUGGAAUGCAGGAAAUGCUAGACAGUGUUCCCGAAAAAUGCUUUCCAGUAUUUCAGACUCACGGGUACUUCUGCCAGCUAAUCGAUGGUUUAGAAUAUUUGCACAGCCAGGGAAUUGUCCACAAAGACAUUAAACCAGGGAAUCUCCUGCUGACGACAGACGGCACUCUGAAGAUCUCUGAUCUGGGAGUGGCUGAGGCGUUGCAUCCGUUUGCAAAGGACGACACGUGUAGGACAAGUCAAGGGUCACCAGCAUUCCAGCCCCCUGAAAUAGCCAACGGCUUGGACACGUUUUCGGGGUUCAAAGUGGACAUUUGGUCCGCUGGUGUCACGCUAUAUAACAUUACAACCGGCCUGUAUCCGUUCGAAGGGGACAACAUCUAUAAGCUAUUUGAAAACAUUGGCAAGGGAGACUACAGCAUUCCUGAGGACUGCGGGCCCCUGCUGUCAGACCUGCUGAGAGGCAUGCUUGAAUAUGACCCAGCAAAGAGGUUCUCAAUACAACACAUAAGACAACACAAUUGGGUCCGUAAGAAACACCCCCCAUCUGAAGCCCCCGUCCCCAUCCCUCCGAGCCCCGAGACGAAGGAUGAGUGGCGGAGCAUGACAGUGGUGCCUUACCUGGAGGAUCUGCACGGAUACAACGAGGAAGAGGAGGAGGAGGAUGAGGAAGAGCUGUUUGACGUGGAGGACGACAUCCUCUACACUCAGGACUUCACAGUACCAGUGAAGGGCCUCUCUCCUCGUGGACAGCUGCCUGCUCUUCCUCUUGCACCUCCUCCUCCUCACCUGGCCGAGCUCCCCUCCCUCUCCCUCAGACAGUCCCUCCAGAGAAGGCUGCUUCCCAGGGCCCUGCAGCAGAGACAGGUGCUUGAAGAGGAGAUUGAGCAGAACGGUCAGAGCCGUGGCCAGGCUGUCCCGAAGCCCGUGUGUGUGAACGGCACGGAGGCGGGGCAGUUAAACAGCAAAUCAAAACAGGAGCGACGGGCAAGCUCCACCUCCUCCAACCCCUCCCGCAAGGGAGUGUCCACCACCAGCAAGAUUCGCAAGCUGUCCACCUGCAAGCAGCAGUGAGGAGCUCGAGACUGACACACUGUACCGGUUUUUUUUUGUUUUUUUUAAACUUCUCUUGGGGUUAUUAAAGAGACAUCGGGAGAGAGCUCUGUUGCCCGUGAUUUAUUUUCAUGGAUUCAUCAGAUGAACUGUUAAACAAUGGACACCCAGGAAUCUACGGAUGAGUGAGAGAAUUUAAAAAGACAGAAGGAGAAAAGAAAGGAGGAGAGAAGAAUGGAAAGAUGGGGCCCAUCUGUCUACUUUGCCAACUGAACUGAAGCCAAUGUUAAAUUAUUUUUUAUUUCCCUUUUUUUGGGGGCGGGGGGGGGGGGACCCAAAAAGGACAACAACUGGCACAGCCCUGUUACCGUGUGGAUGUGUAGAACUCUGUGCAAAGCCAUGUAGAAGCACUUUAUGUUUUAGACUACUUUUUUUUAUUUCAUUUCUUUGCAGUAUAACAGUAUACACAUUUGUGAUGUGUAAAGAAUAUUAAUAAUAAUAAUAAUAAUGAUGAUAAAUAAGAACAAAAUAAACUGCAUGUUGUAAAGGGCUUGGAGAAAGGGAAUGAAAUAUUUAUAUAAAAAAAAGAAGGGUGUUCUUAACCCUGUCCAUCCUGGGA